CUUUAGUUAUUGUUCCGAGAGUUCAAGCCAUGUCAGAGCGUUGUCAUGACACACGUGGACGAAUGACAGCUUUAUCGGUUCACUCUUUCUAUUUUCUUUAGCGGGAAAGAGAUGUAAUUCGAUCAAAUCGGUAUUUCGACCUUGAUCAGAUUUUGAACUGAUUGAUUACUGAAGAUAAAACAUUUUGAAAUUGUGUCCAUGUUAGAGACCACAGAACUUCUCCCAAGUUUAGUAUUGAAUGUUGAUCGUGAAACAGAAAAUCAAUUAAAGCAAGAAUUUCCAUUUGUAAGACGUGUGUUAAAUAGAGUCGUUGCGUGGCAUAAUAGAUUCGUCGAAAUGACUAAAACUCGAAGUGAAUUUAGAUUUUUGGUGUACGCCGGUGCAAUUUUCGUAUGUUAUUUUAUGUAUGGAAUGCUGCAAGAGAAAAUAACAAGAGGAAAAUAUGGAGAAAAUAAUGAAAAGUUCACAUGUACUCUAUCGCUAGUUCUAAUACAAUGUAUUGUGAAUUACAUCUUCGCUCAAAUCCUAAUGGUAUCUAAUAAACGUGAAGUGGAUACUACACGGAGAGUAUAUUAUUUCUCUUCAGCUUUGACAUACCUACUUGGUAUGGUCAGUUCCAAUAUGGCAUUGCAGUGGAUCAAUUACCCAACACAGGUGGUGGGCAAGGCAGCUAAACCUAUACCAGUGAUGAUACUUGGUGUGCUUGUUGGGCACAAGUCUUACCCGAUGAAGAAGUAUUUAUUUGUUCUGCUAAUCGUUGUUGGUGUAGUAAUGUUCAUGUACAAAGACCAAGUCAAGAAGACGACUGUUGACGACUCUUCCUCAUUUGGUAUCGGGGAACUGCUGCUUCUUCUUUCUCUAACCAUGGAUGGACUUACUGGUGCCGUGCAGGAGCGCAUCAAGAGUGAAUCUUCGCCGUCCGCCUAUGCCAUGAUGCUGAACACAAAUAUGUGGUCAUCAAUGAUCCUGUCAAUAGGUGUGUUGCUGAGCGGUGAAAUAUUCAAGUUCAUUGUGUUCGUGUCAACUUACCCUGAAGUUAUAAUAUACCUUAUUGGACUGGCGUUUGUUGGAGCUUUGGGACAAAUGUUCAUAUUCUUUAUGGUGGCAGAAUAUGGACCGCUGCCAUGCUCUGUGGUGACGACGACGCGGAAGUUCUUCACUGUGCUGACGUCGGUCAUCAUAUUCGGUAACGCUUUGUUACCUCGACAGUGGUUGGGGGCUAUCCUAGUAUUUACAGGAUUGUUCCUCGAUAUGUUCUACAGCAAAGGGAAGACAUCUGUGAAAAGAGUAUCGGAGAAAUGAUAAUUUCAUUAUAUUUUUUCCUGACAUUUUGCGGUAUGACCUCAAUUCCUAACUCUGACAUAGAUCUUAUGAUUAUUAUUCACAAUGUUGAUAUCUUCACACUAAAGUCAUUGUACAUUACAUAGAAGCUUGAAACAGUAUUUUCACACACUGAAAUAUCUUUAAGAUAAUCAGACUAUUUAGGCUAAUGUUAAGUUAAAUAUUAUUUUACUCGCAAGUCAAGCUAGUCAAAUUCAAUACUUUUAUCAAAAUGCCAAGAACGAAUUCCUAUGAACUAAGAGGUCCAAGGUUAUGACGUAACAUAUUGUGUCUAAUUUGUAAUGAUAUUAACAGUAACUACCCUACUACUACGUAACGUAACUCCUCUAUAUAUACGUAUUUCUUUGUUCGCUUUGUUCUUAACUGAAAAUCUAGGAAUCACACUGGAGCCCAAUCCUAUCAUCGAUAAAAUCUGAAUGUUUGUGCGUGCGUUCUUUGUACGACGUAGGUGAACAAUAAGAAGCGAUUUUUUUACAUUCUACCCCUAAGGGCAUCAAUUGUGGGGCCAAAGUUCGUAUGGAAGAACUUGAUUCUUU